AUGGCGAACAAGGGGAUUCAGCUGCUCGGCUUCAUUUUGGCUUUUUUCGGCAUCAUCGGUUUAAUUAUUUCCACCACUAUGACUGAGUGGAAGAUGUCUUCGUAUGCCGGUGAUAAUAUCAUCACAGCACAGGCGGUGUAUGAGGGGCUCUGGCAGUCCUGCGUCUACCAAAGUACCGGCCAACUCCAGUGUAAAGUCUACGAUUCCCUUCUGCAGCUGCCAAUGGAGAUUCAGGCAGCUCGAGGGUUUAUGGUGACUGGCAUCAUCCUUGGUGGAAUCGCAAUCCUGGUAGCCGCGAUGGGCAUGAAGUGUACCAAAUUCAUGAGUGAGGACAAGCAGCUUAAAAGCAAAGUGGCUCUAGCUGGAGGAGUGUUGUUUCUUAUUGCAGGUUUAAGUGCUUUUGUUGCCACUGUUUGGUAUGGAGAUAACAUACGACGGAAUUUUUUUAACCCCUUCACUCCGACUAAUUCAAGGUUUGAGUUUGGAAAGGCUCUGUAUAUUGGUUGGGGAGCCUGUGCUCUGACUAUAAUUGGAGGCAGCAUGCUCUGCUGUAACUGUGGCAGCAAGUCAUCAUCAAAAUCAGAACCUCGUUACCCUGCUGCCCGCCCUGCCCAGCCUGGCUCUGGCUACGUGUAACACCAAUCUGCCAGUCCAUUGUAGGACGGUGUUUCUUCUCAGGAAUGUCACUGCAAAGGAAAUUACCUAUCUAUGCCAAGAUAAAAUCUAGAGACUUGUUGUAGAGAUUCAUUUUCUCCAUAGUUAUCAUCGUUUAUCGUUUGUUCGUGUUACUGUACUGCAAAAUAUUUACUGGCAUAGCUUAGAUCACUGGAAAUAUCCAUUCAAGAGAUUUUAUUUGGAUUUCAUUCAAUCCAAAGCAACUUAAAAUUGUGUCCAAAUCAAACAAUUAUGGUUUAAGGGCUUUGCUCAGGGGCCCAACAGUGGUUGGGCUUUAACCAGUGAUCUUUCUGAUUACUAGUUCACUACCGUAACCACUGAGCUACCACUGGUCUGUAAAGAAGAAACAAUGAGAAAGAUCUUUUAUAUAUUUUGCAAUACAAAAUUCUAAUCUUUUAAAUGCAAUAGAUGUUGAAGUGCCAGACUAUCUGGAACAUUUAGGUUAGUUUUAGGCACACCUGAGGAAGACUAACAGUUGAUGGGUUUGAUCACAUUGGCUUGUGUUAUGCCUUUCAGCCAAGACAGCCAGCUAGCAGCAGUUAGCAUGCUGCUCUGUGAUCGUUACCACAAAAAGCAACAAACUGAUUUCUUUAUUCAAAUUAGCUUGUCAUUACAGACAUUAGGGACUGGAUUGCAGUACUUUUACCCACAAGGCAGCCUUUAGUUAUGUUUUUUAUUUGCCUCACAAAUGAUUAAAUUUUUUUUUUGUGUGUUUUCUUGCUGGGUCAAAAAUAUACAUACAGCAACUUAGAUUAUUCAUUUGAUAAAAGGUAAAACAAAGAAAAAACAUAGAAAGUUCAAUAUCAUUAUUUUACGUUGUGAUAUGUGAUUUCUUUUUAAUGAAGAAUAUUAAGUACAAUUGGUCACUCACUCACUGUCUUAACUGCUUAUCCAAUCAGGGUCAUGGGGGGGGGGGGUGCUGGAGCCUAUCCCAGCUUUUCAUACAUACACACAUACACACACACACACAUAUUCACCUAUUAACCUGACUGCAUAGUAUUGAACUGUGGGAGGAAACCAGAGCACCCGGAGGAAACCCACGCAGACACUGGGAGAACAUGCAAACUCAGCACAGAAAGGACCCGGACCGACACGCCCGGGGAUCAAACCCAGGUUCUUCUGGCUUCCCAGUACAAUUGGUAAAAACAUUUAAUAGAACAUUCUAGAGAACUUCGUGCAGUUAACUAUUGAUUUGUAUAAACUGAAAACACUGUGAUUGUGAUUAAUUUCCUGAUU